GCAUUUUAAAAGCUAAUUUGCUAAUGCUAACAAACGGCGUUGUUCAGAUUUGAUAGACGCCACGGAACAAGGCACUGAACUAUGGUACAUGCUCUGCUCUUUACUUAGUCUCUGUCUAUGUCGUCUCGUUGUCAAAUACAUUUGUUAAAUACUGUUUUGUUUAUAAUUAGCCGACUGUUAGCCAUUUCCUUUACCACAUUGUUGUUUACGUACUAAAUAAAUUUGUGGCCCGUGGGUUUUUAGUGUUAUAAAAGUGAGGCUCCGACACAGUUUUUUAUACCUGAUAUAUAGAUGUCGGCCACAUAGUUCAGGAAAUAGCUAGUCAAGUUUCUCACAGAGUUAAUUUUACAAAUCAUUUUACAAUUAUUGUUUGUCUUUUUAAUUGGCGUUCAAUACGUUUUAGGUCAGUGGCUUCUCUGUCCUCCAUGAAACCAAAAACUCAGCAUAAUAGUAAAUUAUUAAAUUUAAUGUGUGAUUUAGAUUUGGAUAGACAGGAUGUGGAAACAGUGGCUCUAUGGAUGUAAGUUAAGAUGAUUGGCUAUUUUUUUUGACUCAAUCCAAGGUCUUUGAUCCUUUGAAGGAUCCGAGGAUCAUGUAAGGGUCUCAGAGAACCCAGAGAACACAAAAAGGAGAGGAAGAACCUUACUAUCACAGUUAUAAGUUGUAUAAUGAAAAAUUAUACAUUCACUCAUUUGCUUUUAUUUUACCUGGCUCUGUUGAUUUAAAACUGCAUGUUUGCUAGUGUCACAAGUCAGAGAGCAUUUGGAACAAAUCUGUCUGCAUCAUGGUUGAUGUAGCCAAAUGGCCAGUUUUCAGCAUGUUGGGGCCUCAGGAGCUCUCCAUGAUACAGAAAGCCAUAGUGUUUGGACUGUCGGCAAAUGAGGCCAUUUACAUCACCAAAGAUAAUGAGGUCUACGUGUUUGGGAUGAACUGUAGUAACUGUCUGGGAAUAGGGGAUAGCCAGAGCACUAUUGUGCCCAGGAAGCUAGAUUUCCUGAGUGGAAGGAAGGUCGUCAGUCUGAGCUACGGCAGUGGACCCCACGUUGUGUUGGCCACAGAAGAUGGAGAGGUUUUUGCUUGGGGUCAUAAUGGUUACAGCCAGCUGGGAGUUGGGACGUGCAACCAAGGAGUAACUCCAGUCCUCGUGUCAGCCAACCUUCACAGUAAAAAGGUCACAGAGGUCGCCUGUGGGUCCCAUCACUCAAUGGCUCUGACUGACACAGGAGAGGUGUAUGCAUGGGGCUACAACAACUGUGGCCAGGUGGGCUCAGGCUCUACAUCCAACCAGCCCAUCCCACGUAGAGUUUCCAGCAUCCUACAGAACAAGGUGGCUGUCAGUAUUGUCUGUGGUCAGACCUCUUCUCUGGCCGUGGUGGACAAUGGAGAGGUGUAUGGUUGGGGCUAUAACGGAAAUGGACAACUUGGUCUAGGAAGUAACGUCAACCAGCUGACCCCCUGUCGACUGGUGGCUCUGCAGGGUCUAUGUGUGCAACAGGUGGUCUCUGGCUAUGCCCACUCCCUGGCAUUAACAGAUGAAGGUUUACUCUAUACCUGGGGAGCCAACACAUAUGGUCAACUAGGCACCGGCAACAAGAGCAACCAGCUGACCCCAGUACAGAUCAUGACUGGGAAAGAGAGAGUUGUCGAGGUCGCCGCCUGUCACUCCACACACACAUCAGCUGCUAAAACCCAGAGUGGUCAGGUGUACAUGUGGGGCCAGUGUCGGGGUCAGUCUAUAGUCCUGCCUCACCUCACACACUUCACCUGCACUGACGAUGUCUUUGCUUGCUUCGCCACCCCUUCAGUCAUGUGGCGGCUCCUCUCCAUGGAGCACGAUGACUUCCUGACUGUUGCUCAGUGCCUGAAGAAAGAGUUUGACAACCCAGAUACAGCCGACAUCAAGUUCUCUGUUGACGGAAAAUUCAUCCACGUCCACAAGGCUGUCCUUAAGAUGAGGUGUGAACACUUCAGGUCCAUGUUUCAGUCCCACUGGAACGAAGACUUGAAAGAUGUGAUUGAAAUUAGCCAGUUCUCAUACCCGGUCUAUCACUCCUUCCUAAAGUUCCUCUACACUGACCAGGUGGAGUUGCCUCCUGAAGAAGCUAUUGGUCUGCUGGACCUGGCGACAUCCUAUUGUGAAAACCGCCUGAAACAACUGUGUCAACACAUCAUAAAGCGAGGAAUCACUGUGGAAAAUGCCUUCUCUCUGCUGUCAGCCGCUGUUCGCUACGACGCCGAGGAUCUGGAAGAGUUCUGCUUUAAGUUCUGUGUCAACCACCUGACUGAGGUGACUCAGACCACUGCUUUCUGGCACAUCGACGGAAACUUGCUUAAAGACUUUAUAUGUCGGGCCAGUCGAUGCAAAGCCUUCAAAAACUGACCUCAGUUUCAGCGGAGCGAAGUGGUCACCUCCAUGAACACUAACUACCGGGUGGACGUUCUACUGCAGUCAUCUCAUUCUCAGCUGCACAGACUGGCAGACGGCGUCACUGCACUGGUAAGUGACUGUCCACACAUUUAAUCAGACUCCUUUGCUGGUCAGUUUCUUUUGUAGUUUGAGGUUUUUGCCUGUGGCCUUCAUCACUUUAAUUUUCAAUGACUGUCCAGACCUGGUGUUAACAUCGUCACUGAGGUGUAGCUGUAGAGGUUCCAAGUAACCGACAGCAUUCAUGUCCUAGAAGUUCAGACACGGACACCUUGACUUUAGAGACGUUCCACCUUUCAUCCAAGAGGCUAAGAACUGAAAACGGCCUCUUCAAUGAGGGGGAAAGUGAAUGGUCUCAAAAACAGUUCCAGUUGUCUGUGUCUGAACUUCAGUGGACGACUGCCUUUAUUGUGUAAAUGUCACUGUCACGGUUUGUUUUAUUUCAUUCCAUCAAACAAAAGAAUCAACUGUAAUGUUGUGAUGGCUAAGACUUAAAAAGUGUGACACUCAAUGACAUUUUUAAAUCCUAGGACUGACUGGUCCUUAAAGACAAUGAUGUUAACACCAGGCCUGUGGAUUUUUCUGUUCAACUGACCAAAAUGACAGAGUUUGCACUUGUCUUUUUACAACAAUUGUUUUACACACCUUUGAGGAUGGAUGGGUGUCUGAUUCUUGGGUUUUAACUGUGAAGACUGUGUUUCUUUGCACUUGGUGAUAUCAGGAAAGAAGGGAGUUUUUUGAAGAUGCAAAAAAACUGGACUUGUUGGUAUUUUAUUUUGUGUUUAAUAGCAGAUGCACUUUACAUUAUUUGACAACCUUGUUUUAGACACAGAAUUGUGUCUAAAAGAAGGUUUAGAUCACAGUGUAAAUGUCAUCUUAAGCUGCAGGUCAGAUAACAGCAAUUACAACUUGAACAUCUCUGUAAUUGAUAGACUAUUAUUUUCACAAAAGCACUUAUUUUUAAAUCACCAAAGCAAUUUGUAAAACAAACCAAACCGUUAAUUCACCCGUCCCAUCAUUUAGCAAAAUUAUUUAGUUGAUUAAAAUUACCUUAAUUCCCUUUCACUCUCUGAUUGGUCAAAAAGAAAAAGCUUACAGUAACUGUUAAUAUGCAUUUGAAAAAAAAAAUUACAUGUGUAUGUGAAAAGCAUAGUUUAUCAGAAUACUUUGUUACCUUUUAAUCUAAACAUAUUGAACCAUUAACUAAACCUACUUUGGAUCUGCCACCAGUUUAGUUCUGCCGUACUAGUCUAGAACUGUUAGAGUUUAUGUCAUGGGUCAAAAAGCUUUAUUGUGCAGCUGUUUGGUUUGGUUGGUUUUUUUGCACAGAACAGUUAAAAGUGGUUAACCUCACCAGGGUAUUGGAGUGCAGCUGUAAAGGUGUUCAGGUCAGUGACCUUUGACCUAACAUUUCUUUUUUUACUUUUGAAUCUGCCUGAUUCAGUGUUAUUAUUACUUACAUAUUGUGGAUAUUCUCCGCAGUUUUAAAGAAGACAACUGGACCUCCAGUGAGUUGAAGAUGUUUCUCCUCUCAUCCAAGAGGCUUCAUCAGGUCUACUGUCCUGGUGGGAAGUUUCCAUGUGUUGAUCUAACCACCACAAAGGGGGACGUCGUGUCAAGUAAAAUGGUCAUGUGAGUCAUUGGUCCUAUGGUGAAGGAAGGUAAAGGGGUGAAGGAAGCUAUCCAUCCAGGUUUCUCUUCCUUGUCCUCUGGGUGGGGGUCGUUGGUGUUAUCUCAAUGGAGGUGUGAGUUAUGCCUGUACUUCCUUGGGAGAGCACUAAGGACAGCAUUGUAUGUGGGUGAUAAAGACUUUAUCAUGACUUUAUAUGGUGUCUGAGGUACCCUCUGUUCAAAGAUGGUCUUCCUUCACCCCUCUCUCAAUCCACCUGUCCUCUCUGUCUAGAAUGCACACCUUUUGAUCAUCAAAGGAGUGGCCCUUCACUUCAGGUGGAGGUGGACUGCUGAGUCCUGGCCUGAUGUUGUGGCCCUCCUGUGUUGAGCCAUAUGUUUGUGUAAUGGCUGUUUCGAUUCCCCAAUGUACAGGUCAGAGCAUUCUUCAUUGCGUUGCACUGCAUCUUGUCCAUCCUGUGGACAAGGUUCUGCCUCAGGGUGUUGCUGGGCUUGAAAUGCACUGGGAUCUGAUUGGUGUUAAAGAAACUCAGGAAGAUCUCAAGCCCAGCAACACCCUGAGGCAGAACCUUGUCCACAGGAUGGACAAGAUGCAGUGCAACGCAAUGAAGAAUGCUCUGACCUGUACAUUGGGGAAACCAAAGCAGCCAUUACACAGAUGUAUGGCUCAACACAGGUGGUCCACAACAUCAGGCCAGGACUCAGCAGUUCACCUCUACCUGAAGGAGAAGGGCCACUCCUUUGAUGAUCAAAAGAUGUGCAUUCUAGCCAGAAAGGACAGGUGGUUUGAGAGAGGGGUGAAGGAGGCCAUCCAUGUUAAACUAAAAAGAUUUUGUCUUUGAACAGAGGAGGGUGCCUCAGACACCAACUAUCACUUACCUACAAUGCUGUCCUUAGUGCUCUCCCCAGGAAGUGCAGCCAUAAUUCAAACCUCCAUUGAGGUAACUCUGAGGACAGGUAGAGGGAACGAUCCACCAUAGGGCCAACAACUCACGUUACCACUUUACUCGACACCACACCCCCUUUGUGAUGGAUAGAUAACCACCUGGAAACCUCCCACCAGGACAGUAGAACUGACGAAGCUGCUUGGAUAAGAGGAGAAACAUCUUCAACUCACUGGAGGUGCAGUUGCCUACUUUAGAACUGCUUUUGAGAUUAUUAUAACAUACACUGUUGAGUUGCAUUUGCACUACUGCUGUGGAAAUUUCCAAUUGUAUUUUUGCUACUUUUUACACAUUUUGAAAAUCAGUACUAUGUAUAAAGAUGUUCCUGUUACAUUUUGUAACUUCUGCAAAUAAAUAAAUAAAUGCAUUGAAAAGCA